CUUGCAUAACUAAUUAACUAUUGUUGUUUUAUUGGUUAUAUACAUCUUGGGUAUCAUUUGAUGUAAUCUAUUAUCUCAUAUUUUAAUAUCAUUCCCAUUUUCUCUUGUCUACUUUUCUCUCAACAAUAACUUCUAUUAAGAAAGUAAUAAAUUUUGAUAUGGCUGCCAAUGCUUUUCCAUUUGAUUUAAAUGAAGAACCAGCACUUGAUUCAAAUGAAGAAGCAGCACUUGAUUUAAAUGAAGAACCAGCACUUGAUUUAAAUGAAGAACCACAUGAUCAUAAUGGUGUAGAAGAAAAUUUUGGUAUAGAAGAAGAAACCAACGUAACGAGUGGUAGUGAUGUAGAUGUUCUCAAUUCACAAUUUGAUCGUCUUCAAGCUGAUUUGAACAGAUUUGAGUGGCAAGUAAAUAUUCACCGUUUUGCAUAUGCAUCAUACAUAGGUAGCUACCCUUUCCUUUCAUACUUUGCCAUUGCUGAAAACGAAUCUAUUGGAAGACAACGCUAUAGAUUCAUGCAGAAAAUGAUCCUGCCUUGUGGUCUGCCUCCAGAAAGAAACGAAGAUUAAAAAUUUGCCAUCUGGAUUACAAAUGGAUCAUCAUAGUUUAUGGCGUCUAACCUUUAUGUUAUAAUAAUAAUGUUUCAUUUUGAUUAAAGAACCUAUGUGACCUUGAUUGGAGAUUGUGGCAUCAUUUUUAGUUGUUAUGAAGCUUGAAAAAUUCGAACAUGA